UCAUCACCAUGGGAGAGAUACCGUACCAUAUCUGUGAGGAUGAUGACGAUUCGUUAAUCUGUACAGAGAUCGAAUGUCAUAGCUUGUUUGACGGGAAAAAUUUUCUAGAUAAAUCAUGCGAAGUGGAAGCACAUAUUCAGCCUAUCGAGUGUUUAAAUAUUAAAAAAGGUUCCAUGGUACCACCAUCAGCCUGUGUUCAUGGGCAUGAUUACGGACAUAAUGACAGUUUCAUUCAUGUGCGGGAAGGAUGUGCGGCAACAUUCAAGGCAUGUACAGAAAGUUCGUUUGAUGAAAUCAGUUCAUCAUCAGCGCCCCCUGUACUCCCGUCUGUCGGCACGCCCACGACUCGGAAUACACCUUCACACUUUCCUAUUAAACAACCAGAAGAUGAAAAUGAUAAUCGGUAUGCACUAACAGCAGGACUGGCUGUAGGAAUUGGUCUAGUAGUCGUUAUAGCAGUGGUCGUCAUGGUGAUACUGUACUAUCGCCGCCAAAAGUCCAAACAUGGCAUACGAGAUAAAAACGGUGACAGCAAAAAGACGUCAGACGCUACCCCCGGGGACCACGUCUACACUGAUAUCACGACUGUAGAGGAGACCACGGGGAGGAGGGAGGAAAUACCGGGGGAUUACGUCACUAUCUCUGACGAGGUGGACAAAUACGAUCAUUGUCGACAGCCGCCAUUGAACACGGAGAGACAUUCGGAGACAACGGACACUUACGAUACUCUGAAGUCUCAGACUACAGAUGACAGUGUUAUUGGUGAUCAACCUUACGAUACCACCCGAGAUAAUACGUAUGACCGGUUACACGCCAAAGAAAAAUCGUCCAUUCCAGGAAAUUAUGACGUACUUCCGGUCCCGACGAAAUGAAAGAUCCGGUUGGCAGAUGCUUAUAUGAGCGUGCCAAUUAAAUCAAGCAUCAUUAUUGUGCCAUUGCUAUUAAACAUUAUGUACACGCUUUGUUUUAAAGAACAGGGUUUAACUAGCGAGCAAUACAGCUGAAACAAAUUUAUUGACUUGCAAAAUCUUGUGUUUUUAGCUCACCUGGUCCAAAGGACGAAGGUGAGCUUAUACCAUACCGUGGCGUCCUGCGUCCGUCGUCCGUCUGUCGUCCAUCCGUAGUCCGGCGUCGGUCAGUCAACAAUUCACUUCUUCUUCUGAACCGCUGAUCGCAAAUUUAACCAAAAUUGGUAGGAAACAUCCCUAGGUGACUGGAAUUCAAAUUUAUACAAAUGAUGGGGCUGAUCCUGCAGGGGCCUGAGGAGCGGACAAAAAAGCGUCCCUUUAGGCAAUAUUGAUAUUAACGGCUUCUUCUCUGGACCUAAGUAAUGUAUGACAUUGAUAUGUCAGCGGUAACAUCCCUAGGUGGCCGGGAUUCAAAUUUAUACAAAUGAUGGACUGAACACCCCCCUCCAGGGGCCAAAGAGUUGGGACAAAAGGGAUUCAUUUGACUAUAUUGAAAGUAUUGAGAUCCCCGACCACUAUCCAUAUAUGGCAUUGUUUGCUGGGCAUCAAAACAUAAAUACAUUCAUGUUGUAAAAAUAGAAUCUAGGGUCCUUCCCCACCCCUGAAGACUUAUUUUUGUUUUGUUAUGUCUUUGCAACCGUAAGCCCAGGGGUCUUUCCCUACCCCUAAGGGAUUUUUGAUUUCUUUGAACAUAAUCAUGUUGAGUCUUGACUUCGUUUCGAGGUUAUAUUUGAAGCAGCUGAUAUCCCACCCUGUAAUCAUACAUAUUGCAUUGUUAGACAUACAGGCCCUCUGGGCCUUUUAUUAUCUCACAAGUUAUCCAACUUAUCCGUCAGUCUGACUAAAAUAGUAUGGGGAUAUUUUUUUCUGUUACUUGUGUUUUUGUCAUAUGUUUUUGAUAUUAUGUAAAUACCUUUACAAAAAGCUAUAUGUAUUUUGUCUUAUGGAUUUCAUUUUUUAAUAAAAAAUACAAUCAUCGUU